GAAGCCGCAGAGGUUUGGGGACUGGCUUGGGGACGGAUAGAGGGAAGCGCGAGGCGUCCACAUUAUCUUCAAUUAUUUAAUCAUGUAACGAAAUACUUUAGCCUUUUUAUUCGUGAUGAAGUGACAUUUCCUGUAUCGGUAGCUGAUACCGAUGCGCCUUAAGUCGAGGGGGAUGCAUAGAGCAGGUAAAUACUCUCGACUUUGGUGGUGGGAGGCUACAGCCCUGCGGUGUUCUCAGACCAAAGAUAGAGGAGCAGUGUUGGCUAGCUAGCAAAACAUAGAAACUUCCGGAGGAGACUUUCAGAAUAAGACUGCGCUAUGAGAGGAGGGUUUGAUUUACUAAAGUGUUUGAAGUGGAAUCUUCAGUUGGUGUUUUUACAAACAUACAAUUACCCCCUUGUAAGCGUGAAUGCAAUGCAACGUUUUUUUAUUUAGAUGUAGGAGGUAUAAAAACGCACGACUCUUAUUGUGACACCGACUUUAGAGGAAGUGCAACCUAACGGCCUCUUGACUUUUAUCAACUUGACACAUACAAGAAAAGGUGAAGUUACAAAGCCUCAACCCAAAACAAGACUUCACAGCCUGCAGUGGACAGCGUCGCCUCUUUAUGAAUGGAACUUCUCUCGCCUCAACGAGUGUUUCUCAAGAGAAAUGCCUUUUAAUCCAGAGGGUUCGUCGUUUGUGUGAAACCCGAGCCCCGCUGGAGAGCACGGUCUGCCUUCACAUGUCGAUGCUUCACACCAACAACAUGGACUGUUUACAGUGAAACCACAUGAUGAUGGUCUUGUAGCCGGAGGAGGAUCGCUCAGCUUAAUUCGCCCUCCUCCUCCUUGGACCCAAUGACUGGACCCAACUCCCCCAGCCGGACCGGCACCUCCCCGGCAAAGCUGAGCAGACACGGCCGGUCCAAGAGCACCAGCUCACACUGCCUCCUGCGAUGCAGCGCUCGUGAGGAGUCCUCUGCAUCCUCUCCCAACCACUCUCCUGAGGAGGAGGAGGAGGAGAAGGAUGGAGGGGUCCUGUUCUACGUGAACAGAACCGGUUUUCCCAUCGAGAGUGUCACCUGGGAGAGGAUGUGGUCCCACGUGGCUGCUGUGCAUCCUGACGGCCAGGAGAUGGUGAAUAAGAUACGAAACGCAGCAUAUCAUCCAAAACCUCCUGUUCCCUCCAUUCCAACCUUUAAACCCUCCAUGUCUGUGGCUGACUGGCUGGUGGCCAUCCAGAACUUCAUGAAGACUCUGCAGUACAACCACACAGGAACCCAGUUCUUUGAAAUCAAGAAGAGCCGUCCUCUGUGUGGGUUAAUGGAAACCGCCAGAGAGAUGAUCAGGGAGUCUCUGCCAAUCAAAUGCCUGGAAGCAGUUAUCCUGGGAAUCUACCUGACCAAUGGACUCACAUCUCUCGAGCGCUUCCCCAUCAGCUUUAAGACCCAGUUUUCGGGACACUGCUUUCACCACGUGGUUCUUGGCGUCUACUCCAACGGUCGUUAUGGAUCAUUGGGCAUGAGCCGGCGCCAGGAUCUGAUGGAUAAGCCGCCGACCUACCGAACGCUGGGAGAACUGGUGGCCGAGUUUGAGCGUUCCUACAAGAGAUACCAGCACACUUUAAAGAAGGUGAAGAUUGGCUUGUACGUGCCUCACGACCCCCAUGUCUUCCAGCCAAUCGAGUGGAAGCAUUUGGUGCUGAAUGCAGCCCGACUCGGAGCUCAGGAGAUGAGGAAGGAGCUGGAGAAACACGGGCGAGACAUGAGGAUGAAGAUCCUAAAAUCAUCCAGCGCUCAAUCGCCAAUCAAAGAGCGCAGCCGAGGAAAAUCCCUGUCGCCACGGCGACGGCAGGGCAGUCCACAGCGACGGAUCCCAAUCCGCAGAGACAAAUCGCCGGCCCCCGUGGAGAGGAAGCCUCCAGAGCUCAGCACCCUCAGCGAUGGCUACCAGAUCCGCAUCUGAUGUCACACACACACACACACGGACACACACACACACACACACGGACCCCAAACGUGGCUCUGACUCAAGUGGGCCACAGGAAGAGUGACUUUCCCUCUGCUGAUCCUGUAUCUGUGAAUCCGGGGUGUGAGUGUGUGAACACGACUGGGCAGCAGGAGGUUUAAGGUGGAGUGUGUGAGGCAGGAAGAACAAAAAUAUUGGAUUGUUUACAAAAUUUUACUGAAUAUACAAUCUCUUAAUAUUCUAAGAGCAACAGCAGCAAAGAACCAGCAGUUUUCACUCAUUCAUGUCCGUUUUCCAACAUGCUGGUUAAGGAUGAGGCAGAAGAAGGUGGAGUGAUACAGACGACACAGAAGGGUUUAACGGUUUCCUCCAUUCCGGAAGAAUCUUGGUGGUUUCAGUGAGAAUUACGUAACUACACAGGUAAGAAUCACCUGAAAGAGUUCGCUCAGCACUGUAGAACUGUCCCACACUCGUACGUGGGACUUCAUCAGAAGGAUCGUCCAAACCGUCCCGUCCCGCCUCGCCUACGUCGGACCGGAUGUUUGGAUUCUCCUGUUUGAGGCCUUUGAUGAAUCACAGCUAAGAAGCCUGAAUUCAUUUCUUCAUGGAUGAGUUUAGCCAACAAACAUGCUAAAGGUUGAGUUUUACGUGUUCGUGGAUUCAGCUAGCUGUACGAGUCGGUCGCUGAGCCCAGACCAGCUCUGGGCCACGCUGCUGAGGAUGUUCUACACUCGGAAUAAAAACGGACUUGUAUGGUUUACCUGAAAAUGGUGUUUUCGAACACAGUCAACAGGAUCGAUUUUGCCAAAAUGUUAAGAUUUGUAUGUGUUUGAGGCCUGCAGAAGAACGUUAUUUUGGUUUUUGUAAAACUAAAAGUUUAUUUACAAGUCUGUAUCUCAAGGGCCCAGAUUGGCAGUUCAAAAGUUUUCUGUCCCCACCGUCUUUACGUGUGAUCGGAUGUAGAUCUGGAGUACACCACCAGGCGAUCGUCGAUGAUCUAGACCGAGAUGGUCAAACAGACCUGGUAGAGAACGAUUCUGAGAUGAAGCGGGUCGAACCAACCCGGUACUCUGACCCUAAUCAGCUGUUUUUGGACGAGCUGAUGUUAUUUUAUUUUGGGCCCAAUGAGUAAAUCUAAUGUAAACCUUUACAGCAGCUGGAUCAAAGCACCAUUUUUUAUUUCCUACCCUGAUCUUUCCCCCUCAGCAUCGUCUGAUUGUUUCAUCUCUUUUCUUUGGGUGACUCGCCUCGUCUCCGUCAGGCGACGUGCGUUUGGUCGCCAACAGAAACCUUUUCUAGCUUCAACAACGAGCUAUGCACACGCGUGGACAGAGCCGAUGACGGCUGAAGCAAACUGAGCUAAAAUCCUCGUCUUCCUUGGAUGGACACCACCGCCCAUUCAGCAGAAGUCCUCCCAACCGUGUUUAGGUCCAACCGGAGUUCUGUUGACUGAUACUCAACAGGUAUCAUCAACCAGAUCCAGAUGUCUGUGAGCAAAAGCACAAAGCUGCUCGCCGUUUGUACGACACAAAGAAACGGUGCGUUUUUCAUGCAUCUGCUUUACUUUUCAUGAUUCACAAAUUAGGAUGAUAACAGUAGCAGAUGCUUUGUGCUCGACAGUUUUUUCUUCACUGAAUGUUUCUUUGGUUUGGCUGAAGUUUAGUGCUUUAUGAUUGUAAUGAGUUUGUUUCUCUGAGGUUUGUUCUGAUGUGCUUUCCAAGGAAACCCUGAAGGUCACGCAUGUCUGAGGCACUGUUUUAUGUUCCAGAUCUUGGCUUUUUCUUUAAAGCCUCCACUAGUCCCAUAGUUUCUGUUAAUUUGUUGUAAAACCUAAAGGGAUAAUCUGGCUAAGUUAGUGUUUCUGUGUGGAAGCGACGAAUAAUGACCGUUAUACCCGUUGGAGCCAAUUAGCCGUUAGCUUAUCUGUCCUAAAGGACCCAACGUUUAUUUCCUCAAACUUCCUGGAAAUAAUUUCAUUUCCUUUUACUGCAAUGGUUGGGUUAGGGGACAAGAUGAAGCCAUGAAUCAACUAAGAUGCAAGAAAAAUUUAAUCAGUGAAAUUAAAAGUUCUAUGGCAGGUAAAAGUGUCAUUAUUUAGAGCUUCUACCCAAAAACAACUGAAAAAGACCCUUUAAGACCAAAAAAAGCACCUAAUAAUAACAUCAGUAAACAUAAAGACAGAGUGAAAGUUUCAGCCAACCAGAGCGGAGCCUUAGAGCCUGUUCCUUCACAUGUGACUGUUUUACUCAACGGAAGUGCGUCUUUUUGGUUGUUUCCAUAUAUUUGCUCUGAUAUGCUUUUUUAGUCUGCUUUUGAAAACAGUGCUGCAAAGCACAAACAGAGCAAAUUUUCCUAAUCUUUCAGUUUGAUGAGCAAACGUUUGCAUGUGUGUAGAAAUCCGAAGGAACCUGUUUGAGUAGUUUUACCGAGUCUGUUUGCGAUUCCUGUCGUGAUUCCCCUCCUGCUGUUACAGGGCUACUGUUGCAACUGUCUGAUAACGGCUGUUUCUAUCAACCGUAGCAGCAUGUGCUCUUAAAUAUUAAAUAAAUUUAUGUUUUUCA